AGAACCCUACCCAUGCCCGAGUAAAGUUAAUCUCGUAGCAGUGACCCGCCACACCUCCCACGAGCGCAGCCCUGCUGUGCUGAAAUUGUUCUUCUUGGCACGCAUGUCUUACUUACCUGUAGUUGAAGAUUCCUAAUCACGUAAUUUGCUUCGUUCAGCAAUGCUUUGUUUCCGAAAGUUGCUUGCUGAAGAGAAGAUAUGCUCGUCCACUUACAACGCCAACGGAACAAGAGCAAUCUGUUGACGCGUCAUCUGAGCAGGGCCACAAAAUCCACGACACAGUUCGGCUUCUCGUCGAUCCGAAGUGCAAGUGGAACCAGCCGCACGGUCUUGUUACACCAAAUUAAUCUACCUUCCCCUCUCGUUCGUCCGACUCGGUGGACUCACGCUCAUCUGUUGUCCGGGAGCAUUAGAACUCGAACCCGUAGUAGUCGAAACUACCACAAUACCGUCAUGACUGUGUCCUUUUCCCCAACAAACCGGGCACCAGGAGCUCCAAAUCACCAGCACAAGAUGUCGUUUUCCACGCGAGCCAAUCUGGAGUACCAGCAGUGGCCCCAAGUCAAUCCCACCCGGAUCGGGCGGUACAUUGACCGGGAGUUUGAGACGGACAACACCACAAAAACCCCGAUCAUCACGCACGUGGACGAGCACAAACCGACCGAGGUCACCAUCCGGUCCGGCCGGGAAUUUGACGCGGAUUUGGACAAAGAAGGCUUCACCUUCGUGCAGAACCGGGAGCUCCCGACCGCGUGCGAGGACUUCUCAAACCCGGACUUGAUAAAGACCGUGUACUAUGACGAAAUCAAAAAUUUGGUGAAGGAAAAGCUCCAGUGCGACAAAGUCCUCGUGUUCGACCACACCUUGCGGAAUUCGGGGAAGCAGAACCUGAACGUGCUGACCGACACGAAAGCAGCGGCCGCGGCGGUGCAGCGAGUGCAUUGCGACUACACCGCGGACUCCGCUCCAAUCCGGAUCCAGCAGCUGUCCAAAACGGAAACGUACACCGGGGAGCGCAUGAUGACGGAAAAGGACUGCGAGGACAUUCUGAAAAACAAAAAGCGGUUUUGCUUCAUCAACCUCUGGCGGUCCAUCGACCGCGAAAACUGCGUCAAGGUGAAGCCGUUGGCGGUGUGCGACUACCAAAGCGUCGACUGGAAAAACGACAUGCUUCUCUACGAAUUGGUGUACAAAGGUAUAAAGAACAAGCUUUCAUCAAGAUAUGCAUCGGUCGUUUGGACGGCAGUUGGGGUAGCUGCUUUCGCUCCUGCAAAGAGUAUGAAAGCCGUUCUGCGUAGUAAUGAGAGAGCAAGAUUUUGUAUUUGUUUGGAUCUGUUUCUGCUCCAAACACAUCUAAAAAUAUCUAAAAUCCUCAGAUCGCGUCGGCGAGAACUAUUCCCUGUCUCCGCACAAUGCGCAGAAUCACCGGUGGUACUACUACCCCGACAUGACAGCCGACGAGAUUAUCAUGUUCAAGGUGUACGACCGGAACCAGUCAAAGGCGCCCUUCGUCUUCCACACUGCGUUCGAGGAUCCGAACACCAACGACACGGACCCAAACCGAAAAUCCAUCGAAGUCCGGGCGAUUGCCAUCUGGGACGAGGAGAAGGUGCCGUCCAUGGUGGAGACGAAGGUGGAGGUCAUGAACAACCAGCCCACGCCGUGCUUGUACGACAUGGUCCACAGUAACAACUCGGCCCGGUGCCGCCUGUGGCUGCAAUUGAAAGGGGUGCCGAAGGAACUCUGCGACAUGAAGAUGAUCACCUACGCGGACAUUAACAGUCCCGACUACUUGAAGGUCAACCCACUGAAGAAAAUCCCGGCCAUGCAGGCCUGGAGAAAGUGCGUUAAAAAACCAGGUAGAGAAACCAUAUAAUUAUAGAUAUGAUUUGAUUUUCUUUUUGUCUGUUCAUGAUCAUGGCGUGCAGUAAUUUUGCAACAAUGUGAAUAUGAAUAAAGUAACUAUUGAAUAGUUACUUUAUUCACAUUCACAUGCAACAACUUCAAUAGGAGCAAAAUCAAAAGGGGCGCGCGCGCAGCUCGUCCAAAUUCAAAUACCCAUCGAAACCACGACCCAGGCGACUCGCCGCCCCCAGACUCCGGCACGGAUGAUCCAUCCAACAAGAAAGACAUCGACCGCGUUUCCUACAAGAAGGAAACGGCCUGGAAUUACUACUACGAGUCCUUGCCGCUCUUCGAGUCCCACGUGAUUAUGCAGUAUUUGGAGGACAAAUUUGGAAAGGCGGUGAACCCGGACCGGAUUUUUGUCCCACAAAACCCGGAAGACAACGCGGUCAUGAACUUGCUCAUCCGCGUGCACGAUAUCUACAUAUCCAGUCCCAACUGCACGCAGCCCAAUUUCGCACACACGCAGGGCUGCAUGUACCUCGCCCCCUACCCGACAAAGUGGUGCGCGCCCGAGCGAUGUAUGGACAAGGAGUCCAGAUCGAAGAAAUUGAAGGAGAUUUGGAAACACUUGUGCUGGUAUUUAGAGAUUCUUGCUGCUGCUCAGCAGCCGUGUCUGUUCUUGUGUUUUUUUUUUCCUGGUGCGCAGGGUGAUGCUUGGGCUUUGUGCGCAGGGUGAUGCCAGGGCUUUUUUAACCUGUUGUGCUGUGUAACCUUGACUUUCACUUCGACUUCUGUGAUCUGAAAUUCAACAUCAAAACUCGUACCAGGCUCGACUGCCAGUUGGAGCUGCGCGCCGACCCGUAUAUGUGUGGCGAGCAGCUUACCCACGCCGACAUGACGUGGUUCCCGACGGUCUGCUUUAUGGAAUACCUCCUGCCGAACAACUUCCAGUGGGCCGACAUCACGAAGAUCGAGACCGACGCCGAGGCAAAUGCGAACUACCCCAACGACGCCAACCCCUUUCCCUUCCUGGCCUUGUGGUUCCAGAACAUGCGGUCGAAGCACAAGGAGUUCGAUGAGGUGAGGACCGGGGUGUACAAUUUCUUUCACAAAAACGACCUGGACGGCAUGUUCGAGUCUAUUCGGAACGAAACAAAGGACACCCGGUACAAAUGGCACUACAGUAUCGAGGACCUGGAUGAAGAAAGAAGAAAAUCACUGACGGGUGCUCUCGGAAGCAGAAUCAGCAACAUCGCGGGCUGACGGGGGGAGUACAGGUCGGGCUUGCUUUUUCAUUGUGGACGAUGAACUUGAAUGAUAAAAAAUGUGGAUUGCAGCACUUCAGUACCUACCUUUGAAUUUUUGUAAAAAAAGCCAAGACUUAUUUUACACGUUUCAGACGGGCAGCGGAGGACACAACUCCGGUUUACGAUGAACCUUGCCCUUUUAGAUCUAAUCAUAGCAUCAAAAGCAGCGCUGCGUCCGUUUUCCUGUAUGAUCCAAAACACCUCCCUUCUGUAGUUACUUUUUCAACGUCAGCGCCUCGCGCUGCCGCUGCGGUUUUGACGCCCUGUACUUCUAGAAGAUCUUGUUGAACCUACAAUGCUACUUCCCAGGAACUGAAACUGAAUCGCAUCUAUUGCAGCGGCAGCGACAGGAGUACUAAGCAACACUGAUCCACUUCCUUGCCGCCAAAGUAUGGUUGAAACCGUGUUUAAGUGUUAGCGACGUAUUGAUGAUUCUACUGAUGCUUUCGAAGAACCUCUGCAGCCGGACCAAAAAUCUGCUUUGCGGAAACGAGUUUGUGACCGAGGCAUCUUGGCACCAGAGGCUUCGUGUAAAUAAAAAAUGAAGAUGAAGAACUAUUAAUUUCCUGAGAAGUGGUCUCACCUUUCACAGCGACGCUCCAAUCGCUUCCGAAAAGGACCCUCCGCAGCGUAUUGCGCCACCGCCUCGAU